AUGGAUAUAGCUGGACGAACACACGCAGCUCAGGGAAUACCCGAGUGGCAAAGAAUUGAGUGGCUUGUUGGUUGUAGGUGGCGAAUGCCACGUAUUUUCAAUCCUCACUUCCCAUAUGGCCCCGGCCCCGUCCUCGAGGUGUCCAUUGCCAUCCCCACAAACAUGGAGAGGAUAGGCGUAUUUCCUGAUGUCCUGGUGGUCUCUGCCGCCCUGAAAAAUCACUUUCAAUUCGCAAGAAGCAAGAUGGAUCCCUCGCAUCCAGCUGAUUACAACUUCAACGAGGAGGGGUUCUCUUCUGAGGAUCUUCUUUACAUGUUUGAUGACACUCUUACUGUUCAGAUUUUGCAGCAACAACCGCUCACAUAA